AAAAGCCAAAGGAAGAUCUGGAUUCAAGAGAAUUACCCUUCUAGCACAAGGCCCGGAUUCAGUGUGAAGAGGCAGCCACUUUAAGAGUGCUUGUCUCUGAAGAUCAGAUGAAGCAUAUAAAGGAACAUGAAGGGAGUGUGUAAUCCUUAUUAAAGAAAAAAUCCCCAGCCCUUUGUGUAAACCUUCCAAAAGUCCAUGUCAAGACCUCAGAAUGGAACUGAAUUUUCAACACCAUCUACCCCUGCUAUCUCAUAUCAAUCCAAUGAAUUCAAAUCAGAAACUCUGCCCAGCAAAUACAAAGACAACAAUAAUCUGAGAAAACUUGACUUAGAGAGAUAUUUGACUGUGUGGCUUGUUCAAAAUACAGAAGAGUGCAACUUCAGGGCAUUAAAGAUUUUGAGCACAGAGUGUUACAGAAAGCUAAAGAAUAUCUAUAAGUAUGAGAUACUUGAGCAUCUGCAAGAUGCAGAUCCUUCACACCCAGGCUACACUUACAUCUCAACAUUAGUUAAUUUGUUUGAACAUCAAGAGCCCAAUGGGUGCCAUGUGUACCUUGUUUUUUGA